AUGACAGACCAGGACAACUCCUACAGACCCCGAUCGCCCGACUUCUCGGGCUUCUCAGGCAGCAUCCCACCCUUCCACGAGCCCUACAGCCAGCACUCCCCUUCGUCCUCCGCCUCCUACGCUGCAGCCUUCUCGACACCGAUCUCCCCGCAGGCCUCCUACGACGCCUCGCCCUUCUUCAACCCGCACCCAACGCCCGAGGAGCGGGCAGAUGAGAAAGGCUUGGGUCCCUCUGGCGGCAUAGAAGUAAAGACCAAGUUCCCGGUCGCGAGGAUAAAGCGCAUCAUGCAGGCGGACGAGGAUGUCGGCAAGGUCGCCCAGGUCACCCCAAUCGCAGUUUCCAAGGCACUCGAACUCUUCAUGAUAUCCCUCGUCACAAAGGGUGCCCAGGUGGCCAGAGACCGCUCCUCCAAACGCAUCACGGCCAACCACCUCAAGGAGGCCAUCGGUAAAGACGAAGUGCUCGACUUCCUAGCAGACAUCAUCUCCAAGAUUCCCGAUGCCCCCGUGGGCCGAAAACAUGACGAAGACGGCAGCGACCAGAACGAGAAGCCGAAGAAGAAAGGCGGCAGUCGACGAAAGAAAGAAGACGUCGACGACGACUGA